ACAGAGACAAAAUUAUAGUUAAGAUCCAGUAAAUGGCUUCAUUUAUUAGUUGCAAAACAUAGUUAUUUGAAAUUCUUAUGUGCUGCCAUGAGAUGUGAUCUAGAAAUUAUUACUUUGUGAUAUUAUUAACAUGGAAGAUCUACAGAAGUUUACAAGUGCUGCUAUGGAUUCAGUGCUAGAAAAGGAAUCUGAUGAACCAUUUAUUCCAAAAAAACUUGGGGUUAUCAUGAGCACUAACCCUGAAAUUGCUCAGGCCAUCCUGAGUGGGUUGUCAGCAGUGCAAGUGAGCCGCCUCCUGAGCACAUGCCGCUUAUGGAAUUCUGUUGGCCUCAAAGAACUUCGGCGACGAAAAAACUUUCACUUUAUCUCUUUAUCUUUUGAUCGUGUCCGGGAUGGGGAGACUAGAGAUUCCAAAAGACUGGAGAUGGAGAAUAAGAUGCGGUUGUGGGCACAGCGGUGGCGGUCAGUCCCUGGCUUCUGUCUGGUGCUGCAUGACAAACGCCAGAAAUAUUCUGCUGUUCCCAUAGGAAAUUUGCCGUCAUAUCGUAAACUUCUGCCGCCAGCCUGCCCUGCUGUAGAAGUAUUCUGCGAUGGUGGCAUCAUUUCCACAGAAGAAGUGAUGGCACACCGUCGAUAUGUGUAUAAAAAUAUAUCGUUUUGUGAAUCACCCGAGUGCCCAAACCUGGCUUUUUCCCCGAACACUACGCUACUCCCUAAAAUGGCCAAUACAGAUGCUUGUACUAUUAAUAAUAGUCAAGUUGCUAAAGUUGAAACAUUACAUGGAAUGAAGCGUCCUCUUGCUGAUCCUGAGGGUUGUGCUUCACCUUCAGUCAAGGUUCGAAGAUCAGCUAUAAUUAAUCAGUCUUUGGACCAAACACCUGUUGCCCUGGACAUAUCGAUGCCACAGUCUUCAAGUUCAGAAAACAGCUCAGAUUCGGACACAAGUGUUGUCCGAUCCUUGUAUCAAGAGCAGUUCCCAAUCCUUGCAACAAGAGCUCAGCAGGAGAAGGCCAGCUUAAAUUGUGCUCUCUGCCGUAACGUUCUGAGGCACAAUGUUGGUCCGAGCACUGCAGUAUCUGCUUGGCCGGACUUUCCUGAAUUAACCAUGAUGUGCUUCCCAGACGUUCCUGGUGUCACUUUUCGUCCUCUGAAAAUUACCAAGAAGCAAACGAACGUCAACUCGUCAAAUUCUACGGAAGACCUGGUAACGUGGCAUGGUUGCCUAAAAAAGGAAGAUCGGGUCAGAGCCGUGCUGUUCUUUGAAGAUUUAAGUGUGGACUCCGUGCCUUACGUUCAGCAGCUUAUCAAAAGAGAGCAAGGCAACGUGGCGGUGGUGGGAGGAAAAUCUUUUGAGUGGGGCUAUACCAAGCGGCAGGCAAGGAAAGGUAUCCUCGGCAUGGCGGUUUGUGGUGAGAACGUGACGGCAGCAAGCGUUGGCAUCUCCACGGCGGUGGAGGACGUGGACAUGACAAGUCAAGCCAUGUCUAAGUUCCGGAAGUUCUAUGAUCCGAACAAGACCAGCGUUGCCUUUUUCAUCACCUGCAGUGAACGACGCCAUGGACGCCAUGAGGAGGACCAAAUUUUUAUAAAUCCUGCGUAUGAGGUGAAGAUGUUCAGGAAGAUGUACCCCACUACCCCAGUGUUUGGGGCCUUCGUCGACGCCGAGACUUGCUUCGAGUUUCUGCCUCAUCCUCCCGGCAGCGUUGAAUGGCAAUUACAGCAAGAAAAAAACAAAGAAAAGUUGGCUAUGUCAACUAAUAGUCUGUCAAAUGUAAUCCAGUUCAGCGUUUCAACUUGCAUUUUAUUUAUGCAGUUCGAGUGACUGCAAUAGAAGUAUAGCUGGCAACGUCCACAUUUCCAUUAAGUUUGAUGCUUUGUACUGAAGCAUCGGAUUCAGAUUUGUUCCUAGAACUGAACAGAUUCUUCUAUUAAAUUUUGUCAACUGAAGGGGAAUUUUGCUUUUGUUUACGAGGAAUUUAUGGCAUGUCAACUCAACGAUGCGAUCAUUGCAAUCCAUGUAACAACGAUCCAAUCGAGUAUAGAGAAUCGAUUGCGAUUGCCUUUCUCCAGUUAAAGCGACUGCAAUUUUAUUUCCCCAGUUCUAUCGACUGCAAUUUAAUUUCUGCAGUUAUAUUUCUGCAAUGGAUGGAUCAUAUAAUUCAUAUUAGACCCUCUUACUGCACGUACCUCUGAUAUGAUCUUGUUUCACACCAAAUGGUUUCAGGAUGACCCGCACAAUGGCUAAAUGUGCGUCGCUAUUUGGAUAGGUCUCUCUAAGGGAGUUUAGGUACGAUUGGAAUCUAUGGACCUGGUGGAUCUAUGUGGGAAUGGGAAUCUAUCACAUUCCCAUUAAAUAGAAUGGUUUGCCUUCAAGCAUUUGAUGGAUUUGUUUCCGGGACUGGACCUAACCUUCUGUGUUUAUUAGUUACUUGAAGAGUACGACGUCCGCGUUGCCUUGAAUCGUAGUUCUGACUAGUAUUCAUGAUAAUUUUUUUCAACGAGUGGCGAGUUACGAGCAGUAUAUACCUUGUGCAUGGCGACUUGUGUGUCAUUGCUUUUGAAUACUGCUUGGUAAGUUCUUUUUUGCAAGUUGACAGGUUUAGGCGCUUUUGUUGGUAUAUCAAGGUUGCAUGAAUUAAUUUUCUAUACAAA